UUGCGCUCGCCGCAUUAACAACGUGUCGCGCGCAACGGUGUUGUAAAUACGUCUACAUAUGUAGUAUAUGUAUUUGUGUAAUUUUGCGCGUGCGAACCAAUUUGGCGAUACCCUUAAAGUAUGCUACAAAUAAUUUUGCCCACAAUAUUUAUCAACGGGGAACACAACAAGCAAUCAAGGACCAGAGAGUGAACUUAAGCCCAUUAUUGACCAGCAUUAACAAUUUCAAUUGAAUGCAACAAUUAACAAGAACAACAAAAAGGGCAACAAGUUUUAACAUCAAAUAAUAAUAAUCCAAAAUAAAUAUCCGUUUUUAAAAGCUGGUCGUUUCCAGAACCUACUUCGGAUUGAUCAUUUAACUAAGACAGACAAGACUUAAAGAGAUGGCGUCGUCGCCGACCCCAUCCUUGGACUCCAUGCGUGGGGGUACCAAUUCCAUAGAAUCAUACGAGCACGCCGGCUAUCUAUCAGACUCUCCGCUGACGCUGAGCGGCUCCUCACCACCAGCGAGCGAUUCGGCAAUCUGCAGCGAUGAAUACACAGCUGGCAGUCAGGUGACGGUUAAAGUGCGACAGGAUGUGACUGUAAUCAAUGGUCAUCAUCCAAUCUCAGCGUCGGUAUCGUCCAGUUCAUCGGCCAGCUCUUCAUCCUGCUCCAGUUCAUCAUCAUCGUCAUCGUCCAGCUGCUCGACCAGCGGCCUCAGCGGCUGCGGCAGCACCAGCAGCAGUGUAAUCAGCAACAGCAAUAAUGUGGGCAGCAAUGGUCCCGGCGUCAUUGGUAGCAAUCUGCCGAGCGCCAGCAGCAACAACAGCAGCAGCAGCAGCAACAGCAUUAGUAGUUUGAUUGUGGGCGCAGGCAAGGGGAGCAACAACAACAACAACAACAACAACAACAGCAGCAGCAAUAGUCUUGCCCCAGCACGCUGCACCGCCUGCAAGAGCAAGAGCAGCGACGCGGUGGCCAAGUGCUUCGAUUGCCACCGAUAUCUAUGCGCCAAUUGCGUGACAGCACAUGAGUUUAUGCACUGCUUCAACGGCCACAAUGUGUGCCUGAUCAAAGGCUUCGAAGCUACACCCAGCAGCAAUAACUGCAGCAACAGCAGUACCAACAAUCCCGCUGCCAGCGAGUUCAAAUACGCCAGCAGCCUGACCAUGAUGUUGCAGCAGCAGCAACAACAACAGCAGCAGCAACAGCAGCAGCAACAAACUGAAACGCAACCCAUGUCACAGUUGUCCAAGAUUGUGCUGGCAGCAGCAGCCAACAAUGCACAGGAGCAUCAGCAGCAACAACACGAGACCCUGUACACCACACAGCUGCAACAGCAGCAGCAACAACAACAGCAGCAGCAGAUGCAACGUCAAUUAUUUUGCGCGCGUCACAAGCACGAGCUGUUAAAGUUUAGCUGCCGCACAUGCUGCACGCUUGUGUGCAAGGAGUGCAUUGUGCUGGAGCAUUCGACAGGACUGCACGAGCUUGAAAAUGUGCAAUCGCCGGCGGCAGCAGCUGCGACAAUUACAGCAGCAGCAGCAGCCGCAGCUGCAGCAGUUGCAACAGCAGCCAACAGUCAGAACGAAGCCGCAUUUCAGACCCUAUUGGCCGAUAUGCGUGGUAAGAUUGGGGAGAUUGUGACCAUAGCCGGGAGCGCAGAGCAAAGCGUGACCAAGGUGAAGCUGCAGUAUCAAAAGGCUUUGAACGAAUUGAAUGAAACGCAUCAGUUCUUCGCCUCCAUGCUGGAUGAGCGCAAGUCGGAGCUGCACAAGGAGCUGGAGACACUCUACACGGCCAAGGUCAAUGGCAAUGCUUUGUGGCUGCAGCGCUCCAAGGAGCUCAUCGACAAGGGCUUGGCCAGCUGCGAUGCUAUCGAGCGUACGCCCAGCAAUGCUGGCAGUGGACCGCUGCUCUCCGAUGCGCUGCUGCUGCGCAAGACCAUGGAGCAGCAGCUGCAGACGGGCGUGCAGGACAUGCAGCUGCCCUUCGAGCUCGAGUUCAUGUCCAACUACCAGUCCAUACAGGCGGGAGUGCGCAACACGUUUGGCUACAUACGCAGCGGCAGCUGCGGCAGCAACGAGUCCAGCUUGAGUCUUAGCCACAUGAGCCAUGGCAAGCAGCCGCCCAUAGCGCGACCUACGCAAAGCGCAAGCAACAGCAGCGCCAGCAGCGCAGGCAGUCACCAUCAUCAGCAGCAGCAGCAGCAACAUUUGCAGCUACAACAGCAAUCGUUUCUUCCUGGCUUGGGCUUGGGCAGUCUCUUGGACAACAGCAGCGGCAACAGCAGUAAUAGCAGCGGCGCCGGCGUUUACAGCAAUGGCGGCUGCGUGCUGCUCGGCGGAGCACGCGAGCGCAAUCUCAACGAGCUGCCACACUUCAGUGAGCUGCUGCCCAAACGCAAUAGUGCCAGCCUGACCCACUAUAAUCCCUACGAGAAGUGGAGCAAUGGCGGCAGCGACAAUCUGUUCAGCAGCGCCUCCAGCACGACCGCUGUGUCCCUUGGCAACAGCAACAACUCGGUUGUUGUGGAUGCAUUUGCAAGUCUGUCGAACGUCACCAAUGGCAACAGCAGCAGCGCUGUGAGCAACGAGUCGCUCCUGGAUCUCACAAACAAGCUGUUGUCCGCCUCCAUUUAUCCACCCAAGUCGCAGAUCAAGCGCCAGAAGAUGAUUUAUCACUGCAAGUUUGGUGAAUUCGGCGUCAUGGAGGGCCAGUUCACCGAGCCCAGUGGCGUGGCCGUCAAUGCGCAGAAUGACAUUAUUGUGGCGGACACCAACAACCAUCGAAUCCAGAUCUUCGAUAAGGAGGGACGCUUCAAGUUCCAGUUUGGCGAAUGCGGCAAGCGCGACUCGCAGCUGCUCUAUCCCAAUCGCGUGGCCGUGGUGCGCAAUUCGGGCGACAAUCAGUAUGGGCAGUUUGUGCGGAAGUUCGGUGCGACCAUCUUGCAGCAUCCGCGCGGCGUCACGGUGGACAAUAAGGGGCGUAUUAUUGUUGUGGAGUGCAAGGUGAUGCGCGUGAUUAUCUUUGAUCAGAAUGGCAAUGUGCUGCACAAGUUUGGGUGCUCCAAGCACUUGGAGUUCCCCAACGGCGUGGUAGUGAACGACAAGCAGGAGAUCUUUAUUAGCGACAAUCGCGCUCAUUGCGUCAAGGUGUUCAACUAUGAGGGCCAAUAUCUGCGUCAAAUUGGCGGCGAGGGCAUCACCAAUUAUCCCAUUGGCGUGGGCAUUAAUUCCAACGGAGAGAUUCUGAUUGCCGACAAUCACAACAACUUCAAUCUGACCAUCUUCACACAGGAUGGUCAACUGAUCUCGGCGCUGGAGUCGAAGGUGAAGCAUGCCCAGUGCUUCGAUGUCGCGCUCAUGGAUGAUGGCAGCGUCGUCUUGGCCAGCAAGGACUAUCGUCUAUAUAUCUACCGCUACGUUCAGCUGGCGCCAGUCGUUACACGACAAAUGCACAACAGUUUGGCUUAAAACAGCAACAAAAACACACAUUUUUAAAAAGUUAGUUUAUGUUUAAUACAAUUCC